AUGAGACAAGGGCAAGAUUGUAGAGAAGCUUCCAUUGCAGACCUUGUGUUCCUUGUGGAUGGAUCCUGGAGCAUAGGACUAAAGAACUUCAAAACCAUUCAAGAUUUCCUGUACACCCUAGUUGAUAGUUUUGAUGUUGGAGAGGAUAAAGUACGGAUAGGGCUAAUACUGUACAGUGAUGCGCCCCACAAUGAGUUCUUUUUGAACACUUUCUGGCACAAAAAUGACAUUCUAGAAAGGAUACAGGCUCUGCGCUACAAAGGAGGAGGCACCAAUACUGGGAGGAGUUUGAAAUUCAUGCUGGAUCACCAGUUCAGUGAAAAAGCUGGAAGUCGACAUGAUGAAGGUGUCCCCCAAAUUGCCAUUGUAAUAACAGAUGGGCAAGCCCAAGAUAAUUUUCGUGAGCCAGCAGAGGAAGUCAAGAAUGCAGGCAUUAUGAUUUAUGCUGUAGGCAUCAAAGAUGCAGUUUUCUCUGAACUUCAAGAAAUUGCUAGUGAUCCAGAUGAAAUGCAUGUAUAUAGUGUGGAAGAAUUUGCUGGCCUUCAAGGGAUCUCCCAAAAUAUACUUCAGGUUAUAUGCACUACUGUAGAGGAAGUGUCUCGACAAAUCACCCAGGUUUCUCCAGUAUGCCGAAAAGCAACUCUUGCUGACAUUGUAUUUUUGGUGGACAGCUCAGCCAGCAUUGGCCUGGAGAAUUUUCAGAAAGUGAAAAACUUCUUGUACACACUGGUUUCUAGUCUUCACGUCAGCCAGGACCAGAUUAGAAUUGGGCUGGCCCAAUAUAGUGAUGACAUCUUUAUGGAGUUUUUCCUAAACCAAUAUUCCUUGAAAAAUGAUAUUCUGGAGCAAAUACAGAAUUUGCCUUUCCGAAGGGGAAGCACUUACACUGGGGCUGCCUUGAAUUCCAUCAUGGAAGGAUAUUUCAUUGAAUCUGCUGGAAGCAGAGCACAAGAAAACACCCCACAAAUACUCAUUCUACUCACAGAUGGGGAAUCGAAUGAUGACGUCAAAGUUCCGGCCAGCAAACUGAGGGCAAGAGGAAUCUCACUGUAUGUGGUGGGAAUUGGUGUCCAAGACACUACUGAGCUUAAAGAAAUUGCCAGCAGGCCCUUUAACAAGUUUCUGUUUAAUACUGAUAAUUUCGAUAUCCUUGAAGAACUCACUAGCAGUCUUCUCCAAACAGUGUGUUUUGCAGUAGAGAGUCAGAUUAAAGUUUGCUCCAGUGCUUCUGUGGCAGACAUUGUAUUUCUUGUGGAUGAAUCCAGCCGAAUUGGCCAGAGGAAUUUCCACCUGAUUAGGACUUUUCUCCUCAAGGUCAUCAGUGCUCUGGAUAUUGGCCUAGAUAAUGUACGGGUUGCCUUGGUUCUUUACAGUGAUAAGCCAAGGUUAGAAUUUAGCCUGGAUACCUUUGAAAAAAAGCCAGAGGUUCUGAACUAUCUGACCAAGCUGCCAUAUCGCGGUGGGCAAACAUACACUGGCGUGGCCAUAGACUUUGUACGGGAAAAGGUUUUCUCCAAGAAAAUGGGGAGCAGGAAGGGCCAAGGGGUGCAGCAGCUGGCUGUGGUGAUCACCGAUGGCGAAUCACUAGAUAAUUUCACUGGACCUGCCUCCAAACUCCGACGUAAAGGUGUUACUGUUUAUGCUGUGGGCAUCCAAAAUGUCUCAGCAAGUGGCCAGCUCUACAAAAUAGCAUCCCACCCUCCAAGGAAACAUGUCACCAAUCUGCGAUCAUUUUUGCAGUUAUCAAACAUUGAGUGGAUUAUUAAAAAACGGCUUUGUAAUGAGAUUGUUGUUCAGACAUUUGCGGUUCCAGCCCGUUCCCGAAUUGUGAAGGAAGGCUGUGAAGAAACAGAGGAAGCGGACAUAUAUUUCUUGAUCGAUGGAUCAGGUAGUAUUUACCCAGAUGAUUUCCAUGACAUGAAAGUCUUCAUGAAUGAGCUGAUCAAUAUGUUCCAGGUUGGCACUGACAGAGUUCGUUUUGGGGUCGUUCAGUAUGGAAGUACUCCCCAAACAGAAUUUGAGAUUCACCAGUAUAACACCGUGGCACAAUUAAAAGAUGCCAUCAAGGCGAUUCAGCAGCUCGGGGGUGGCACCAGAACAGGAGAUGCUUUAAAAUACAUGCAGGAUCUGUUUAAAAGUUCGGUCAGAGACCAAGUCCCGCAGUUCCUUAUCAUAAUUACAGACGGAAAAUCCCAGGACGAUGUCACCAAAGCAGCAGAAGAGCUGCGAGCGGCAGGGAUUGUGAUAUAUGCCAUCGGCGUCAAGAGUGCAGUCCAAAGUGAAUUGGAGGAUAUUGCUGGGACCAAGGACCGAAUGUUUUUUGUGAAUGACUUUGAUUCCUUAGAUCUCAUCAAGCAUGACGUUGUGAGGGAUAUCUGCUCUCCUGAGGCUUGUAAAAACCUGAAAGCUGACAUUAUUUUGCUAAUUGACACUUCCAAAACUAUGGACCAAGCUCAGUUUGAGCUGACAAAACAAUUCAUUGAGUUGAUUGUAAACAAGUCUGAUAUUGGAGCUGAGAAGGUUCAGAUUGGACUGCUUCAGUUCAGCUCAGAUCCACAAGAGGAGUUUCCACUCAACAGAUAUGAUAACAAGGCUGACUUGAGGAAAGCGAUCUCUGUAAUGAGGCAAAUGAAAAAAGGAAGAAAGUUGGGGAAGGCUCUAGAUUUUGCCUCUCCUUACUUUGACGUAUCCAAAGGAGGACGUCCAGGAGUAAAGCAGUAUCUGAUAGUGGUCACAGAUGGCAAAUCUGAAGAUGAAGUGAGAAAUCCUGCCAGACAUCUUAGGAAUAAAGGGGUCACAAUCUACGCCAUUGGAGUACUGCAAGCAAGCAACUCCCAACUCCUGGAGAUUGCUGGCACUCAAGAAAAAGUGUUUUCUGAGGAUUUUUUUGAUGCCCUUUUGUUUUUGGAAAAGCCGAUACUGUUUGAAAUUUGCAAUCCUGAGGAAGACUGCAACAUAGACAUUUCGGUAGGACUUGAUAUUUCGGAGCAAGUGGGGUCUCCAUCUGCAUUCCAUUUGAAACAAAAAAUGCAAACCUACUUGCCCUGGCUUAUGCAGCAAAUGGCCCCAAUGAUCAAUAUCAGUUGCAGCCUUGCUUCUUCCAUCAGGUUCAGGUAUCAAGUUUUUUCAAGAAAUGGACAGUCCUUGUUUGACUCUGACUUUGAACCAUAUAAUGAUGAGAUCAUUCAGAAAUUCUUGGCUGUGCAAACCAUGGUGGAUACUUAUUUGAAUAUAGAUUUCCUUCAGUCCUUUUGGGAUCAGUCUCUGAGUCUGACUUCUGCCAAAGUGAAGGUCCUGUUGGUGUUUACUGAUGGGCCAGAUGACAGUGUUGAAAUGCUCAAAACAACACUUGAUGUUAUUCGCCGGAAAGGGCUUGAUUCAUUUUUAAUGAUUGGCCUGGAAAACUUCCAGGAAUUCCACGAAUUGCAGGAAAUUGAGUUUGGUAGAGGAUUUGGAUAUCGGGAACCUUUGCACAUAGGAAACCCAGAACUCCCCAGCAUGUUAUGGAGAGCUUUUGAUACUAUUACUGAACGGGAAUGCUGCAAUGUCUGCUGUAAGUGUUAUGGAGAAGAUGGCAUUCGAGGUGUUCUUGGACUUGCUGGAAGGAAGGGAAGUGUGGGCUAUCCAGGAUCUCCAGGCCAUCCUGGUGAGGAAGGAGGAAUUGGAGACCAAGGUCCAGUGGGGAUCAGAGGGAUACAAGGGAACAGAGGGUGCUCUGGUGCAAGGGGACCAAAGGGAGAGCGAGGAUCUCCUGGAUCGCUAGGACCAAGGGGCCGUUCAGGACGGAGGGGGGUUCCUGGAAUUGACAGCAACGUCUUUGGUUCUCCGGGUCCAAAAGGAAACACAGGGCGGCAGGGAGAACCUGGAGUCGAUGGUGUGGAAGGAGAGCCAGGCGAGGAUGGUCCAAUUGGCCCUGAUGGUCAUCGAGGUCCCUCUGGCUUAAAGGGUGCACAAGGAGAGGAAGGGGAGCCAGGUGGUCCUGGAGAUGCUGGCCGAAAAGGCCCACAGGGUGCCCCAGGCCGCCCAGGAGUACCGGGACUACCAGGGCCACAAGGUUUGCCAGGUCCCACAGGCGUUCCAGGAAUUGAUGGUGUACCUGGUUCAGGAGGGAAACUCGGACAUACAGGCCAAAAGGGUGAACAUGGUGAUCCCGGAGCAAAAGGCCUGUCGGGGCCAUUUGGACCAAGAGGCUUACCUGGACAAGAUGGCAACCAUGGAUAUGGUCUACAAGGAAGAAAGGGAGAAAAGGGACAAGCUGGAUUUUAUGGAAACCCUGGACCACAGGGGGAAGAUGGUGACCUUGGCAUUCCAGGGGAUAAAGGAGCCAAAGGAACUAGAGGACAAAGAGCUAGUUCUGGAAUACCAGGGGAAACGGGGAAUCGAGGAAGCCGAGGUCCACCUGGAAGAAUGGGCUCUAAAGGCCAAAAAGGCAUAACAGCUAUGACGCCUUGUGAACUUGUUAACCUUACGAGAGGAAACUGCCCUUGCUGCAUAGGUAUGAGUAGGUGUCCAGUAUAUCCAUCAGAAGUGGUGUUUGCCCUUGACAUGUCUGCAGAUGUUACCCCAGAAUCCUUUGGAAGGAUGAAAGACAUUAUGACAUCUUUGUUGAAGGUUAUGAAGAUAAGCACCAGCAACUGUCCUACUGGUGCUCGAGUAGCAGUGCUUUCAUAUAACACUCACCCAAAGUACCUAAUCCGGUUCUCCGACUUCCAGAGAGACAACCUCCUUAUGGAAGCAGUUCAGAGAAUUCCUUUGGAGAGAUCUUCAGGCCAACGCAAUAUUGGAAGUAUCAUGCGGUUCGUUGCCAGGAAUGUCUUUAAACGGCAUCGUCAAGGUGUCCUCAUGAGGAAAAUUGCAAUAUUUCUCACUGCUGGACCAUCACAGGAUGCAACAUCCAUCAAUACAGCUGUGUUGGAAUUCAGUGCUCUAGAUAUUAUGCCAGUGGUCAUUGCCCUCAGUGAAGUACCUAAUGUACGGCAAGCCUUUUUGGCAGAUUAUACUAAUCACUUUCAGCUAUAUGUCUGGGAAUCCAAAGAGGAAGAAAACCUGAACAGUGUUUCACAUUGUGCACUCUGUUAUGAUAAGUGUAACCCAGCUCCAGAAUGUGAGAUGACGGCACAUUUCCCUAUUUUAAUAGACAUGGAUAUAACAUACAUCAUGGACAGCUCUUCGAAUGUCGGAAGUGAGGAGUUUGAGACCAUGAAGGAAUUUGUGAGCAACAUGGUGGAUCAUUUUGUUAUUACUUCCCUCCCCAUAGAGUCUGAUGGUGGUGCAAGAGUGGCUUUGGUGCAACAAGCCCCACGAAAUUUCACAGUGGACAGAUUCUCAAGCCCAGUGCAUGUGGAGUUUGACUUAACUACAUAUAACAGUAAAGACUUGGUGAAAAUGCAUAUCCAAGAAUCGAUAAACCAGCUGGAAGGACCAUCAGCUGUGGGUCAUGCACUAGAGUGGACAGUUAAUAAUGUGUUUCUUGAAGCCCCCAACCCAAGAAAAGACAGGGUCAUUGUUACGCUACUUGGGAGUAAGACUAGUUCCUGGGACAGAGAGAAGCUGAGAAAAAUGUCGCUAGAAGCGAAAUGCCAAGGGUUCACCAUGUUCACCUUAGCACUUGGAAGUGGAGCUGAUGAUACUGAGAUGACGGAACUGUCUAGUGUGCCAGUGGAACAACAUCUGUUGCAACUUGGCAGGGUGAAUAAACCCGAAUUGCCGUAUGCCCUGAAAUUUAGUCGCGCCUUCUUAAAUCUUUUAAAACGCAGAAUAAACCCUUAUCCUCCACCAGGACUGCAGGAAGAAUGUGAGAGUCUAGAUCGGGGAGAUACUUAUCAGCAACUAACAGCAAGGACUGACAGUAUUCCUUUCCCAGAAUUGGAGUACAGAGAUGCUUCCCUGCCAUCAGAAUUACCAAGAAUAAACUUUCAAGAUGAAAUUAUGGAAGCUAACAAACAACAUGUGGAACAUAAAGAAGAAGAGCAUGAUCAUAACAAGAAUGACUAUUACAGAAAUAUUAGUAUCCAGGGUGGGAGAAGAAAACAGGACCAACGACGUUCAGAGCAAGUACAAAGAGUAGCAGAUGCUUGCAAUGGUGAAAUGGACAAUGGUGAAUGUGAAGAUUACAUCCUGAAAUGGUAUUUUGAUAACAAUCUGGCCAAGUGUUCCCGGUUUUGGUAUGGUGGCUGUGGAGGGAACCAAAAUAGAUUUGACUCUCGAGCAGAAUGUGAAGCAUUAUGCACAAAGGUGUCCUAGAUUAAAGAGUGUCUCUCAUAAAUGGUGCUCCUAGUUACCUGUUAAAGCAGGUAGCAAGAACAGAACUCAAAAUAUAAAGUCUCAGUUUUAGAUAAAAGAGGUUUCAAAUUUUGUGAAGCAGAGGUGACAUUUGUAUUUACCUGUUUUUGGUUUUUAUUUGUAUAUAUAAUAAGACAACAGAUGGCACUUUAAGUCUCACGUCUUUAUUUUGGCAGAUAUGUAGUGGAAAAUUAUGCGAUCUUUCGGUUGUCAGGUGAUGACAGAUAUGAUUGUUGACUAUAGAUGUUAUCACAUGAGGUUUGUAAUAUGUACUGUAGGGUCCUUAGCCACAAUUGAAAAGACUUGCAUGACAUUGCAAACUCACUGCAAACCAAUUUGCAACUAAUGGGCAAGCAGUCAUUUUUAGAA